AUGCUAGUACCGACAGUAAAUAAGUACAAGAUAAAGAGACGUUUACUCGAGAAAAAAGCUUUGCUUCUUGAGGACACUGUUCUUGGAAAUCAUAAGGAUCUCGAAAUUCCCAACCUGCAACUGAAGGCAUUUAUGAAGACCAUGAUCUCUUAUGGAUAUGUCCAGAAAAUUCACGUGUGGAGACACUCAUACUUCCUUCUAACUCCACUUGGAGAGUCCAGGCUGAGGGAAGAGCUGGUUUUUACCGACGAGUCCAUCAAUAGCCAAGAGGCUCCGACUGUUGCGGUUUGA